AUGUUUCCUUGUGGCACCAGAACUGAGUCGACUUGCGGGGGAUUACAAAAAGCUUCAUCAUCACACCAUCAUGAUUUAAGCGAUGUGCUCACAAAGCGCGAUAACGAGAAUGUACAGAAGCUUAAAGAUGUGCUUAAAAUGAGUGACCCUUUCGCGAUGGAAAGUCAUCUGGUGAACAUCAUCACAAAAGCAGUUAUGCUAGGUUACAUCAAGGAGGGAGUGCUAAUGCAAAAUGACAUCGGUCAGCCGUAUUUUGACACAUUAGUUUGUUCAAGCAAAAAUCGUCGAGGCCCCAAGAAAAAGGCACAUCUCAAGUCAUGGAAGUUUGCUUGGCAAACAAAGAAAAACAAAACAACUAGUGGAAUCGCACCCUUAAAGGAUGACAGACCUCUCUUCACACGUUUCUUAGUUGUGAUUCUCUCAAGGCCUGAUCUUCACAUGGAGGUUACCAUAAGCACUUUUAAGUUAGCUGAGUUCCGAGUACACCCUUCUCCUCUGAUGGCAGUUUGCUACACUGCAUUGCCAAGAGCAAGCUGA